ACGGUGGUGACAAUUUAUAUGAAGGCAAAGAUAGCAGAAACAGGAACAGUUCAAAUAAAGCUGAGAAUGAAGAUGAUUGGAAUAAAGAUAAGGAAAAUGGUUGGAAUGAUGAUGUUGAAAAUGGUUGGAAUGAAAAUGAUGAGAAUGAAGAUCGAAAUGAUAAUUGGAAUGAAGAUAGAAGUGAAUAUCCAAAUGAAGAUUGGAAUGAAGAUAGAAGCGAAUAUUCAAAUGAAGAUUGA